AUGGAGUUUGCUGGAAAAUUUCUUAAGCCCGUUUGGCGGCCAAUGAUGCAAGUGGCUCGACUUUAUUGUGAGAAGCCGAUGCGAAGUCUAGUCGCAUUUCCUGUUGCCAAAGUGGAAAGUGGAAAAUCGAAGUACAUGAUGGCCCACGUUUACAUCCAUGGGGAAAUGGGCAGCGCCAAGCAGGUGAUUCGCAGCCUUUCCAAGGCCAAGUACCAUCUUGACGUAUACGAUGAGUUGAAAAAGGAGGCUGAGGCGAUGGGCUUGUGCACCCAGGGUCUUGGAGGUGGUUACUUGGUACACGACAAGGAAAAGAAGUACAUCAAGCUCUAUGGAAGAUCCCAGGCCCUGGGAAAGGCCGAUCACGAAGCUGCCCGUGAGCUACUGCAACCCAUCUAUAACGAUCACAAGAUCGAUGCUGAAUCUGGUGGAAUGGAACCCUAGAAAAAUGUGUACUCACUAUUGGCUCGACUUAUUUUUUACAAAUUUUGGUCUUACGACUGUGUGCAUAGCUUACAGAAAUUUGAAUUAAAUUUGACUAUACGUAA